CCAUGACUCUCCACAAACCUCAUAUUCAAGCAUCUUUUCGUGCGCUUGACAUUGCGUUAAUCAGGUGUUACGCGCAUUCAUUUAUGACGACAAAUAUUCACCGUCUAAGUUGAAGAUUUUGCGUCUUGCUGCACGAUAUAGCCCUGCAUUUGCCCUUGAAUAUUUUGUCCCUGCAUUUGAAUACUACAUGCAUGCAGAUCACCAACUUUAUGGAUAUUCAGCCACAUUUCGUAUCAUUCACCAAGACCCAUCGCUUUUCCCAAAGAAACAUCAGUAGCAUAUAACCUGUAUCUAUCUAUUCCGGUCUCACAUCUCGCGCCACCGAUCAUUCCAACGCUCGUCCAACUAUCCAAGUCCUCCCUCUUGAGAGCAACUCUCCUCAACCCACGAUUUUAAAACAAAACCCGCAAAUGUGCUACCACAACUACACUCGGCACCCGGGGUGUGGUCACCUCGGCGAAUCCCAUACCCAACCCUGGACACUCUGUCACACGGCCGAACAGCGACUUUCAAACCUGCGAGGACCUGUUUCCCCUCCUCUAACCUCUCCUCUUUUAAUAUCAUCAUCGUCCAUGCCGCCACCAAAACGCCACACCCGGAUCUUCUCGCUUUCCAAAAUCACCAGAGCAACAUCUACUAUAACCACAAAAUCAACCCGCCGCGCAGUAUCAGACUCCACAUCCUACCCGCGGACGUCUACCUCGUCAUCUUCGUCCAACUCCCCUGCCCUAUCCCCACUCACAGACCACGAACUCGAAUUCGCACGCUGCAAAGCCCCAACGCGGCGGACCCAGAUCGCGAGCGGUAUGCCCAUGGACGUGUGUAAGGAAUGCCGGAAGUCGAUUCAAGAUAUGCGCAAUAUGCUUGAAAGGUAUGAGAAAACGGGGAGUGUGUUGGGGACGACGGCUUUUGAGCGGUUUUUGAAGGGGGGUGGGGAGGAUGUGGGUGAGGUGCAAUUGGGCGUAUUGGGGGUAUUGGGAGGAGGGGGAGGGUAUGGGAGUUAUGAUGGAGGUGGGGAUAGGAGGAGCGAGCAGGAGUGGUAUGGUGGGGGACUGUAGUGUUGAGGUGCAGGUCGAAGUGUUGCCGUUGGCUCUUCAUUGCCGUAUAUUGGGGUAAUUCCUUAGUGUGUAUGUACCCGUCUUUGCGCAUUUAGAUACCAUUUAGAUAAAUAAUACACUCGAUGUUCUCAAAAAGUCUUUUGUCGAGAAGUUGUGGAUACGGU